AUAUCAUGGAAAAAUAUCUAUAUUCCAAGUUUCAAGUUGCUUGAUUUGUGAGGAUAAAUAUCUUACAGAAUUACAGAUAACUCGCAGCUGCUUUGAAAACCUUAUCGCUCAUUUCCCUCUUCGUCUCCCUCUUUGCAAUUAGUGGCAGCCUUAUCUUUGCUUUUCCAUUUUCAGAUAACCAUGGCUUCUACAUCCUUUAUUGCUUCCCUUACACCUAAAACUCUUACCCUCUCUAAACCUCCAUCAUCUUCUUUUCCUUUCUUCUCCUUAUUCUCUUCUUCACCAUCCAUAAUUGCACCCAAUUCCAUCGCAUUUCCCUCUUUCAAACGAUAUGAAUCACUUUCUGCUCGUUUUGUGCAAAAUGUCGCCGUUUCAUCUGAGUUUGAACAAGAAGAGGAUGUAUUGAGUGAAGAAGAACAACAACAGCCUCAGUUUUCUCCUGACCUUAAGCUCUUUGUGGGUAAUCUUCCCUUUAAUGUUGACAGUGCUGAACUUGCUGAUCUUUUUGGGUCUGCUGGUACUGUUGAAAUGGUCGAGGUUAUAUAUGAUAAAUUAACUGGAAGAAGCAGAGGGUUUGGAUUUGUGACUAUGUCCACAGUUGAGGAUGUAGAAGCAGCUGCCCAACAAUUCAAUGGCUAUGAACUUGAGGGGAGAUCCUUAAGGGUAAAUGCAGGACCUCCCCCACCAAAAAGAGAUGAUUUUUCUCCCAGAGUUGGUAGAGGCGGACCGAGUUUUCAAAGCGCCAACAAGGUUCAUGUUGGCAAUCUUUCAUGGAAAGUUGAUGAUGCUGCCCUUAAGACCCUGUUUAGUGAAAUGGGAGAUGUAUUAGAAGCAAAGGUGAUUUAUGACAGGGAUAGUGGUCGUUCCAAAGGGUUUGGAUUCGUAACUUACAGUUCUACCGAUGAGGUCAACAAUGCAAUUGAAUCCUUGGAUGGUGUGGAUCUAAAUGGGAGAUCUAUCCGUGUGUCUGCUGCAGAGUCGAGACCAAGGCGCCAAUUUUAAGAGGAACUCAAGGCUGAACUUUUCUCUAGGAAGAUUGCUAGUUAAUUGUUGCAGAUGAAUCCAACUAGUAGCACAGAAUAACAAAGUAAACUGUGCUUUGAUUUGGUGAAUUUUGUGCAUUAGGUGCCCGAAAACUACUUAGUUAUUAUAGUCCUCGCGUAGAGAAGUUCUGAAUAUGCUCCGGAUGUUUUUAUCCUUUUUGUUUGGAUUAUGUAUUUUCGAUGCAUUAUGCAGUCUAGGUUGGAUGCUUAAUUUAACUCUUUCAUAUUGGGCUGCCUUCAUUAGAUUGUUUCUCUACUUGUGAGGAUGAAUGGCACUAAUUCAUGAUGCAGCACUCUGAUGUAAAGAAUGGUUUUGUGGCCUUGUGGGUAAAUUAAUGAUGUAAGAAAAAUGUUUUUUGUUC